UUGAUGGCCCUGAAUUGUUUGUUUAUUUUAGGUGCACACACCUCCAGUCAUCGAAGACAUGCCGAAGAGCGUGAAAGUGGUGGAAGGAGAGCAGGCGUCGGUGACGUGCAAGGCGAAGGGGAAGCCGAAGCCCACCUUCAAGUGGAUCAAGGUGUCCAACCAGAAGGACCUGUCGUCGGCCGACAGGUUCUCGGUCAACGACCUGACGGGCGUCCUGACGAUCACGAAGGUCACGCAGGAGGACAGCGGAGACAUCAAGUGCGUGGCGAGCAACGCGGCGGGAACGGUGGAGCAGACUGUAAUGCUGACCGUGGUGCUGAAGCCCAAGAUCGUGACGUUCGCCAACGCGUCGAUGCCGUUGGACAAGGAGGUGGCCAUGAAGUGCAGUGCCUCGGGAAUGCCCAGACCGACUGUUACGUUCAGGAAGCUGACUUCACAGUCAAGAUAUGGAGUGGGGGUCCAGCCUGGGGAUGACCGUAUUGUCGUUACGAAUGACAUCGAUGAAACGAGGAAUGAAGUAGUGGGUACCCUGACCAUCUCUCAUAUUCUGCGCACCGACGAUGGGCUGUACGAGUGUAUAGCUACCAACGAGGGAGGCACAGCUAUAAAGAUGGGCCAUUUCACAGUCCAGUUCCCGCCGUCGUUCGCCAACACACCCGUGCGGGACGUCUGGUCGUGGGACAGGAACCCUGUCAACCUGACGUGCCUGGCGGAGGCCAUUCCUAAUGCCACCAUCACGUGGAGGCUGAAUAACCGUGAACUCGAGCAGAUCAGAGACAGGAACAUUGUCCAGUUCGGGAACCAGUCGCUGAGCUACAUCACAGUGACUCCAGUUAGCGAGCAGUACUACGGAGCGUAUUCUUGCCUCGCUAGGAACUUCCUUGGCAGAGCAGAAACCACCAUCACGCUGAGACAAGCAAGGCCGCCUGCGGGAAUACUGCAGUCCAAGUUGGAUGUCGUAACUGCAACAACGAUUACAUUUUCGUUCGUCGGCCCUGCGGAAACUGGGGGUCUGGAUUUAAGGGCUUACGCUGUUCAGUACAAAGAGGAAAGACAAGAUUGGAACAACGCUCUGAACAAGACAUGGGGUUUUGAGUCGCCGUACAUACUGGAGGGUUUGAGACCCAAAACGACGUACAACUUCCGGUUUUCCGCCAAGAACGACGCUGGGUUCGGGCCCUGGGGGGCCCCUCAGCACCUGACCAUGCCGGAGCGUUCGACUCCCGAAGAGCCAAAGUUCUUCCACGCUGCGAUGGACGGUAUUGUGCACUCUGCGUACUUCAACCAGUUCGAGCUGCAGUGGAGGAUACCGCCGGACAACGGAGAGCCCAUCGACGUGUAUGACAUUAAAUACUGCCCGGCUCGCCGAGUGAACGACGUCUGGACCGAAAGUGGAGAAUGCAAGUCCGUGGAGAGGAAGUUCGAGGACAGCACGUCGUUUCUGCUGUCUGGUUUGCAGUCGGAUACUUACUACAAGGUGGAGCUCAGAGCCCACAAUAACAUUGGAUACAGCAAACCAGGACAGAUUGUCAUCAAGACUGCUAUGGAUCCGAGUUCUCGAGGCACGGACAGCUUGGUGUCCACUUCGUCGAGUGGUCUGAGCUCCGGAGUGAUCGUGGCGAUCAUAGUGGCUGCACUGCUGCUCAUCUUCGUGAUCAUCGACCUGUCCUGCUACUGCGUGAACAAGUCCGGCAUAUUGAUGCUGGUGUGUGAGAAGACCUGUCGCUCCAAACAAGAAGACGAAGAUGCCAAGCUUGGAAGGGAAGAAAAAGAACCGUUGAAUGAUGGAACCAAACAACCAGUAAUAGAUCCAAUAUUGAAGCGGGAUACUGCAGUGGAAUACGACGUGAAGCGGUCCAUUUCCCGAACAAGUUUUGUCGGGAAAGACUCUGCAGUUUAGACAAGAGAGUGGAAAUGUUAUGCACAGCUCGUUCUCGGUUAACUACUAUGCAUUAAGGAAGUACUGUUACCUGUACUUCUACCCUGAUUAUCUCCAUGAAACCUUAUUUAUGAGUUGAGUGAAGGGUGUGUUACUGCUCUUUUUGAAUUACUGUACUAAGGUUUCUGUUGACUGUAUUGUAAAAGUAAGUCUGCACUUUGUUCUAUGUAUGUGAAACUGUGGAGAAAACACCAGUUCUAAAGAGAGACUGUUGUCUUGGCGAAGAACACUCUUAGGAUAGGUAGCAUAGGUGACACAUUAUAGUUUAAAUUGUGAUAGACUGACUAGCUUUAAUUCAGAAGUACCAUGCAUUUUAUUUUGUGACCGCAUUUGUUUUUACAUUACAUAAGAAGCUGUUAGUAUUUCUACACAUUUUUAAAAAUGGCUAGUGUCAUGUAAAAUUUCUUUAUAUUCUUGAAUUAAUUUCUAUGCUGGCCAUUGUUUAUAUAAUUUUAAGUUCACCUAAAUAGAAUAUAAUAAAGGGGAAUAAAACUCCUUUUAAUAUUUGAGUACUUGUGUUUCUUUUGGUAAACUAAGGAUUAUUGUAACAAAUUGCUAGUUAGUUAGAAUGUACUUAAAAUAUUGCUUCUUUAAAGUUCAUGUUGCUGGUUACAGAAGAUAUUUAGUAAAUAUUUAAGAUUUAUGCCAUUGUAUCUCUUGUUAAUGUUUUGUGAACAUUAAUGAUUUAUAUCAGCACUACAAAAUUGACAACCAGACCAAUAAAAUGGGUGUCUCUCUUGUUGAGCUACUUAUUGAAAUUUUGCUAUUAAGUAGGCUUAUGAGGAUCUCUCCACAAUUACCACUUCCACAGAAGAUACUCGUAUGUGCUCUUGGUAAAAUCCUUCAACUGCAGCUAUUUGUUAUGACUGUGAUUUCCAUUUUGAUAACUUCAACCAGAACUUAAAUUUUGAGUUUUAACAGUCAAAUCUAGUGUCUUAAUUUGGUUGGUGCAAAAAUGUUACAUGAUGGCACAACAUUUGCAGUUCUCCACAAUAUAAAAAUUGAAUGUCACUGUUUCAAUUUUUGUACAACAUGACUAAACUAUGAAGGACUAUUUGAGGCAAUAGCCUAAAAAUAGAUUCAGAGCAGUCAUAUGCAUUGAAUAUGUGUUGAAUAAUUUACUCUCUACUUGUUUAUGUAUUGGUUAUGUUGAGAACUGCUUUGUCUUUUUUAGUUUUGAUUAGCUACAAUGGACUGAUAAGUUGUCAUUCUGUGAGUUCUUCCAUCUAGUGUUUCCAGAAGAAGUUUGACAAUCUGUAUUUUAUAAGCUAGUACAUGGUAUAAUUUGAAAAAUAUUAGAGUAUAUUUUAUCACCAAUUUCUGCAGUUUUUAUUGGUGUAUAAAAAAAAUCUGCUUCAAAGAUAUGUUUUUAGUCUUGUUUAUGUAGUAAUUAUGUACCAAGUUCAUUAUAAAGUACUUAACUUGAAAUAUAAUACUGCUUUUACAUGAUUAAUAAUAGUACUAAGAGCAGGAUGGACUUUUUUUGUAGUUGGUUAUCCGAAUGUACAAGUAUGAGUGUGUGUUAAGAAAAUGUGCAGUUGGCUUGUGUGUUUGCUUAUACAGUGUUGCCCACAACUAAUUAUUAUUCACUUUUUGCACUGCACACUAUAUUUUAAUGUGUUUUUUUUUUAUUGAAGAUGAUUAUGUGCAUAUAUUACUAUUGCUGUAUAGUUUAUAACUGGGCCUGUGUAUAUUUAGUGUCCAUUUUAGACAGCAUGACUGAAAAGCUGCUUUUGGUAAUUUUGACCUGCGUAUUUAGAUAAAUUACCACUAGAACUGCAUAAGGUAUAAUGAUAAAUCAAUUUAAGGAAAGUAAAUAUGGCCUAUUUUAAGGUAAAUAUUUUCCUCUGAAAAAUAAUUUUCACUGUUGAGUUUAAAAGUUAGUUUGAAUCAUAAUAUAUGCUUCUUAAAUUUCAUAAAUUUAAAUGUUUGGCAGUUCUUUAAAUUGUGCUAAGAUUGUAGUUCUUAAUUGCUGCAAUUAUGCCAAUUUUUAAAUGCUAUAAAAAUAUUUUUUUAAAGACAUUGAUGAAAAUCUUAAGACUUAGAAUAAUGUGACAAUAAAAUAAAUUUUCUAAUAUUUCUAAUAGUGAGUGUGCAGGAAAAUAAAUUUGUAAGUUUUUUAUUUAGUUUUUUUAUUGAUGUAAGAAAGUAUGUACUUACAGAAGCUCUUUUUAUGUGACUAAAAAGUUUCAUGUUUACCACAAAUUUUUUUGUAGCAUAGCUGUUUAUGUAUGCGAGAACACUGAAUUUUGAUGAAUGUAUUCUCAAGCUGUGCCAAUUGAGAAGUAUAAUUUUUUUACAAAUUGUUGUUCAGCUUACAUGUUGUAUUCUACUAUGAGAAAAUGUUUUAUAUGGAAAAAAAAUAUAACUAGUAUUAGCUACUAUUUUCAUACAAAAUUUAAAAAUAACUUUUGGAUAUUUAGUAUCAAAUGCUUAAAAUUCCCAUUAAAUGUGUAACUUUGACUGCCCUAGAUUUAACUACCUACUAACGGAAUGUUUGUUCCAUUUAUGUCUAAACUCUUGGGUUCAAUGGCAGCAUAAUUGAAUAUGUAAUUAUAAAUAGUACCUUUCAAAAAGAAUUCUUAAAAUUUUCAAUAAUGUGUUUGAACCGACAUCAGUUUGACCACACAAGUUUAAAUUACUGUAAAUCCAUAUGUUUGUACCAUUUUUUUUAUUAUUAAAAUUAUGUGCUCGA